CUCUCUCCUUAUCCAAACCCAAAACCUCAGCUUCCAAAACCCCUCACCAGUCACCACCCAUUUCGAUCGAAUUCGAACCUCCCUGUUCAGGAAAUGCCAUCUUCUUGCUCUUCUUCCUUGUUUGCGAAUCCCACGAUUCUACCGUUUCUAGCCCCGAAAUGCAAUUCCAGUAUCUCAAUCAGACGAAGAAAGCAACCGUUCUCGUUCUCCGGCACUUCAACUGGAUUUCUUCGGGUUUCUCGUUAUGGGUUCGGAAGAAACUUCGAGGUCGCUAGAGGGGUGAAAUUCGAUGGGCCGAUAAUGGAUACGGAGGAGUUGAAAGCGGUUGAGGAUGAGAAUUUAAUGGUAGAAGUUUGCGUGACUCGUACGUUGCCACCGGCCUUAACGCUUGAGGGUGGACUUGAGAGUAUCAAAGAAGUUGUGGACGAACUGAAACGGAAUCCUCCGAGGUCCUGUAAUGGCGUCAUGCGGUUUCAGGUGGCUGUGCCGCCAAGUGCAAAAGCUUUGCAAUGGUUUUGCCGUCAACCAUCAUCUUCUGGGGUAUAUCCCGUGUUCUUCCUCUCCAAAGAAACAGACGACCCUUCUCCUAAAUCCAUAUAUUUUAAGGAACCUCGCGGGGUUUUCGGUAUCGGGACCGCCAUCUCUUUCAGGCAUCCGUCUUGUCAGGAGCCCGGGAAACAGAGCAUGAUAAAAAGAUUCCUCUCAGAUGAUUCAAUUCUCGUGACGGCCUAUGGUUUUCCAGAUAUUGAUAUCGAUACUGACUCUACAGAAAAGAGCAAGGAUGAGUGUUAUUACUUUUUCAUUCCUGAGAUUGAGUUAAAUGAGGACGGGGGUGUCUCAAUUUUAGCAUUUACACUGGCAUGGAAUGAUUCUCUCUUUUACACAUUUGAGCAAGCAGUCAGUUCAUGUGAAGCAUCACUUUUUCAGGUUUCUUGUCAUUUUUGCCCAAAUUUAGAGAAUCAUUGGUUCAAACAUUUAAGGGGUUCACUCGCAAAGCUUGGUGCAAAGGAAUUGCAAACAACCGAAAUGGACCAAAUGCAUUUUUUCACAUUUUCUGGGCGUGAUUUUUGGGCUGACUCCAGGGAACUGAAAAGUGCCCCAUCCUCAUGUCAAUUCUAUUGCAAGCUUUCACCAGGUGUUGUUUUCUCUAAUAACAUGUUGAAUCAUGCGAGUGAAGUCAGUUGCUCCCUGAAGGAUGAGGCUAACAUUAAUACUGUCUGGGCAUCAGCUAUAAUCGAAGAGUGUACUCGUCUUGGUUUGACGUAUUUCUGUGUGGCUCCUGGAUCAAGGUCUUCCCCUCUUGCAAUUGCCGCUGCCAGUCAUCCCCUAACAAUGUGUAUUGCAUGCUUUGAUGAGCGAUCACUUGCGUUUCAUGCUACUGGAUAUGCUAGAGGGUCUCUCAAACCUGCAGUGGUUAUAACAUCUUCUGGAACGGCUGUCUCGAAUCUUCUUCCUGCGGUUGUUGAAGCCAGUGAGGAUUGUUUACCACUUCUGCUACUUACCGCAGAUCGUCCUCCUGAACUUCAGAAUGUUGGAGCGAAUCAAGCAAUAAAUCAGGUAAACCACUUCGGUUCAUUUGUGAGAUUCUUCUUUGAUCUUCCUCCUCCAACCGAUCUGAUUCCGAUCCGGAUGGUGCUCACUACACUUGACUCUGUUCUACAUUGGGCGAUGUGCUCGCCUUGUGGACCAGUGCAUCUCAAUUGUCCUUUCAGAGAACCGCUUGAUGGUAGCACAAGAAAGUGGUCAUCCCACUGCUUGAAUGGGUUAGAGAUGUGGAUGUCUAAUGCCGAACCAUUCACAAAAUAUUUUCAAGUACAAAGUUCUUCAAAUAACAUGGAAUCAUCAGGCCAAAUGACUGAGGUUUUAGACGUAAUCAAGGGGGCUAAGAAGGGUCUUCUUCUUCUUGGUGCAAUCCAUACAGAGGAUGAAAUUUGGGCUGCUCUUCUGCUUGCUAAACAUCUUUCAUGGCCUGUGGUUGCUGACAUUCUGUCUGGCCUACGAUUGCGCAAGCUUCUCCCUUCUUUUCUUGAGGAGCAGAACAUUGUUUUUGUUGAUCAUCUUGAUCACGCUCUACUUUCCGAUUCUGUUAGGGAUAUGGUCAAGCUUGAUGUUGUUAUCCAGGUUGGAAGUCGGAUAACAAGUAAAAGAAUUUCUCAGAUGCUAGAGAAAUGCUUUCCAUUUGCAUACAUUUUGGUCGAAAAGCAUCCAUGUCGACAUGAUCCAUCACAUAUGGUAACUCACAGGGUCCAAAGCACCAUUGUUCAGUUUGCUGAUUGUCUGCUUAAUUCUCAGUUUUUGUGGGGGAGAUGCGAGUUGCAUGACCAUCUACGAGCAUUGGAUGAUGUGAUUGCGCGGGAAAUGGCAUUUCAAAUAUCUACUGAAUGCUUCCUCACUGAACCUUAUGUUGCUCAUAUGCUUUCCAAAACAUUAACAUCUGAAUCUGCUCUUUUUAUUGGCAAUAGUAUGCCAAUAAGGGAUGUGGAUAUGUAUGGAUGUAGUUCGGCAAAUGAUAUUUCUUAUGUCAUAGAUACAAUGCAGCUACCAUGUCAUUGGAUACGGGUAUCUGCAAAUAGGGGAGCAAGUGGCAUUGAUGGCUUGCUCAGCUCGGCCACUGGCUUUGCUGUAGGAUGCAAGAAGAGAGUGGUCUGUAUGGUUGGGGACAUUUCUUUCCUUCAUGAUACAAAUGGAUUGGCAAUUUUGAGGCAGAGGAUUGUAAGGAAGCCGGUUACGAUUCUUGUGAUAAACAACCAUGGUGGUGGAAUUUUCAGACUUCUCCCUAUCGCAGAGAGAACGGAGCCUAGUGUGUUGAAACAGUAUUUCUAUACAUCCCAUGACAUUUCAAUUGAAAAGUUGUGUAUGGCACAUGGUCUGAAGUAUCAUCAUGUCGGGACAAAAGGUGAACUUGAGGAUGCACUAUUUCUAUUGAACGAGGGAGAUAUGGAUUGUGUUAUAGAGGUUGAAAGCUCUAUUGAUGCUAAUGCAACUGUUCACAGUACCUUGGGGAGGUUCGCUCAUCAAGCUGCAGAUAAUUAUUUGGGUACAAUCUUAGCCAGUUCUCUUCUUCCUCCUGUCCUUGACAAUGUACUGCUUAUAUCCCGAGUCUGCGGAGUACAGUAUUCACAGUAUAGAAUUGAGCUUUGCGACAGACCUACCAUGUGUUCUGUUAAUGGGGAAUCCUUGAAGUUUUACAGAGAAGGUUAUGUACUUUCUUUGACUUUGGAAGAUGGAAGCAUUGGCUAUGGAGAGGUUGCACCUUUGGACAUUCAUGGAGAGAACUUAAUGGAUAUAGAGGCGCAACUACAGUUAGUUCUUCAUGUGAUGAAAGGAGCUAAAAUUAGUCACAUGCUUCCUUUAUUGAAUGGAUCAAUUUCUUCUUGGAUUUGGAGUGAACUUGGAAUCACUGCAUCAUCAAUUUUGCCAAGUGUCAGAUGUGGUCUGGAAAUGGCUCUUCUAAAUGUGCUAGUUCUGAGUCGUGGUUCUAAGUUUUUGGGCACACCUCAUUCUCAGAAAGAAGAAAAUGGAUCUGCUGGGCCACAUUCUGUCCGAAUAUGUGCCCUUCUUGAUUCUGAAGGUACUCCAUCAGAGGUUGCCUACAUUGCUAGUAAACUUGUUGAAGAAGGGUUCACUGCAAUUAAGCUUAAAGUUGCUCGCCGAGUGGACCCUGUUGAGGAUGCUGUAGUUCUACAAGAAAUAAGGAGAGCAGUAGGCAAUCAAAUUGAACUCCGUGCAGAUGCAAAUCGUCGUUGGACUUUUGAAGAGGCUAUAAAAUUUGGUUUAUCGGUGAAAAGCUGUAAUCUAAAAUAUAUUGAGGAACCUGUCCACAAUGAAGAUGAUCUUAUAAGAUACUGUGAAGAAAGUGGCUUACCAGUGGCACUUGAUGAGACUCUUGAUGAUUUUCAGAAAUUUCAGCAAGGUCGGCUUACGAAGUAUGUCCACCCUGGAAUAGUUGCUGUUGUUAUUAAACCAAGUGUUGUGGGAGGGUUUGAAAAUGCAGCACUAAUUGCCCGGUGGGCACAGCAGCAUGGAAAGACAGCUAUUCUUAGUGCUGCAUAUGAAAGUGGCCUUGGUUUAUCAGCAUAUAUUUUAUUUUCAUCGUAUCUGGAGCAGCAGAACCUCAAAAUAUCCGCAGAGCAGAAUAAUGGAAUGGCCCUUCCGGUGGCCCAUGGACUUGGAACAUACCGGUGGCUCAAAGAAGAUGUCAUGAUUGAUAAUCUAGGGAUUUUUCGCAGUCCAUACACUGGGUUUGUGGAAGGAUCUGUUUCCGAUGCUUGCAAAAUCCUCAAGGAUGUUAGAAUUAACAACGAUGUUAUCCUUAAGACCAGUAAGGGGGUACACGUCCAGAGGUAUGAGCUGAGGGUGGAUUUAAAUGGUUUUUCUCAUUUCAUAAAAAUCCACGACAUUGAACAGGAUAUAGAUGGAAGUGUUGUUCUGUUUCUACACGGUUUUCUCGGAACUGGUGAAGAAUGGAUCCCUAUCAUGAAGGGUAUCUCAGGCUCCGCCUGUGUGAGAUGCAUCUCACUUGAUCUUCCUGGUCAUGGGAGCUCAUGGGUACAGAGUCAUGGUAAUGAGAAGCCAACUUUCUCAAUGGAGAUGAUUGCUGAGAUGCUGUGUAAGGUGAUGGAGCAAAUUACUCCUGAGAAAUUUACUGUAGUAGGGUAUUCCAUGGGAGCACGGAUAGCUCUGUAUAUGGCUUCGAGGUCUACCGAUAAGGUCGAAGGAGCUGUCGUGGUGUCAGGAAGCCCCGGGCUGAAGGAUCCAGUGGCCAGAAAAGUUCGAAGAGCAAAAGAUGAUUCCAAAGCAGGCAUGAUUGUUGCCCAUGGACUAGAAAUCUUUCUGGAGAACUGGUACAAUGGUGGCCUGUGGAAGAGCUUGAGAAGUCAUCCACAUUUUAGAAAAAUAGUUGCAAGCCGCUUGGAACACGAUGAUGUUGUAAGCCUCGCAAAGGUCUUGUCUGAUCUAAGCAGCGGGAGACAACCUUCAUUGUGGGAAGAGCUGAAGGAAUGCAAUGCAAAUGUCUUGCUAGUAUAUGGAGAGAAAGAUGUCAAAUUCAAGCAAAUAUCUUCGAGAAUGUAUCAUGAGAUGAAUCAUCGUGCUAAUAAAAUCGUCAAGAUUAUUGAAAUUCCGGGUGCUGGCCAUGCUGUUCAUCUGGAGAACCCUCUUCUCCUUAUGGCUGCUGUAAGAAAAUUCAUCACAAGAGUACACAAAAACUCUGCUGGAACAGAAGCUUUGUCAGAAGCUAUUGUUAGUAUCCAAUGAGAACAUAACUUGAUGCUGUUUUAUGGUAAAGACUUGGAUGUGUAUUAAGAUCUGCCUCUUGAUUUGAUCCAUUAGGGCAUAUAUGUAUGGUUUGUCUUCCUGACAAGGUCAGGUAACAUAUAAGCAUUGGACAUGUUUUUCUUUUUUUUUUCUUUGGUUACAAAAGAUUGUUGUUUUUCCACAGGUCCAUCAAGAAUGUAAGUUGAAUUAA